AUGCCAAGAGUAAAAAAUUCACGUGUCCGAAGACGUAAAAACCCCGCCAGUCCAACGUUGCCCGAUGUCAAUCCGACCAAUUUGAAAGAAGUUAGAGCCGAAAAACCAAAACUUCAUAUCCUAUUGAGCGGUACUCCACCACCACAAGUGGCGAACUUGCCGCCACCACCUGCAGUCGAAAACUUGCCGCCACCACCACCCCGAGUUGAGAUAACUUCCGUGGUGCCGGGAAGUUCAGAGAACGAUGUCUCAAAAUGGCCUGCUACGGCCUCCUACGAGUACAGCGCACAGAAUUGUGUAGGUGAACGACUCACUGCGACUGCGAAGAAAUCAAUCGAAGAAGGAGCCAAAAACAAGAUAUGUUGUUCAUGUGGACCAGGUGUCGACUGCUCCACGAACAAAAACUGCGAAUGUUAUAAAGUUGCCGCUGAACUCAUGAAAACGUAUACAAUAAAGAGAAGAGGAAACAGAAAAGACUACAAGUGUCAAACUCUAACCGAUAGAGGGCUCAAAGUGGUAAAGGACAUGUAUUACAAACAAAUGUUCUUCAACUGUGGGGCAGAAUGUACAUGUGGCCCAUCAUGCGGAAUGAAAGUCCUUUUGAAAAGUGACGAGAAUCAAGCUGAAAAAUUCUUCAUUCAAAGAAGAAAUCUCGAUAUUGGGUUCAGUGUUUUCACCAAGGAGCCUAUUGAAGAAGGAACCGUUGUCGCAUGUCUCAAUGGAGAAAUCUGUGGAGAAAGGCUCGUCAACACUGACGAGACCGUGGCAGAAUACUCAAUGACUCUCAUUGAUGAAAACGAUAUGCUGUUGAAGUUCAUUUCGAAAACAAAUCGGUUGGGAAAUCAACAAAAGAAGUACUUCAAGAAACUCAUGUCGAAGGGAACAGGAAAAAAAAUGUCAACAGAAUGUAUUUCUGUGAAUACCGCCCAGAAAGGUAACUUCACGAGAUUUCUCUCGCACUGUUGCAGACCGAAUUCAAUGGUUUUGCGAUCGUAUCAAGGUGGCUUGUCAAUCACCGACAUCAGACUGUUCUUCAUUGCCACUCGAAGAAUUGAAGCUGGAGAAGAAGUCACAAUUGACUAUGGAGCGGCGUACAAAAAAGAGAGAUUGGUCAACUGCCUGUGUGGGCAUUGCCUCUCAAAGAAACCACGAAAGGCUCCUCGUCAAUCCAACCAACCAGCGAGUCAAGUUGCGGUUGAAGAACAAGAAAGAGAUGUUGAUUACCAAGAGCCUCAAAAUGCAAGGAAUCAAGCGGAAAGUCGCUCUACUCGUACUCGCAAGCGCAGUAAACCUAUGCGUUCUUCACCGCCUAUUCAAAAUAAUGAGGAUCAACUGUCUAGAAAAAAGAAAAGAUCAACAGAUACACUGGAUCAAAACUGA